CCGAAGGAACACUCCAGUGAAAGAGUCCGGAUCUCAUCAAAAACACACAAACGCCCUCUCCUGUGUGAAAUGACGAACGUUGUUCGAUCUCGUCUUUCAUGGUUGCUUAGAAGAACCUGAAUGUUUUAAAGAGAUAAGCAGAUGAAAUCCGCUUUGCCAGAAACUACAUAAUAGAAUGUUCACGCGUAAGUGGAACUUCUGAUAAGUGCGAAAGUGAUAAUUUUGUGCCGUUUUGAUGUGUGAAAAAGGAUACAUUCACUUUUUUUAUCUCAUUUGUCACAUUGCGAACAUUGAAUUGUCAUAAAUGCUCUCUAGUAGCUAGCGUGAAUCAACAUUCAUCAUAAGUAAAUAUUACUAUUCGUUGCACAUCGAGCGAUGUUUAUUACUUGGUUGUUUCCUGACCUCUAACAAGUAUAAUGUCAUCACGGUUUUUGCCGCGCACUGUUUACCGCGUUGUGAACUGUUCCGAAAAGAUUAAGGGACGAGGAUGCUCGAUCCAAUUAUCGCCAAAAAGUCUUAAUCGCUACCAGUUUCCACGGGCAAUGGCGAAUGUCAGUGGGCGGGAGAGGAAACUCCUGACGAUGGAUAAUCUUAAUCCGUGUGUCAAAUCAAUGGAAUAUGUGCUAAGCGGUCCUCUUGUCUCUCGAGCAGCAGCAAUCGAAAAGGAACUGGAGCAGGGAGCAAAGAAACCAUUCAAGGAAGUCAUCAACGCUGUUACUGGAGAUCUCCAAGCCAUGGGACAACCCCCAAUUACAUUUACUCGCCAGGUCUUGGCCCUAGUAUCUUAUCCUGAGCUGAUAAAAUAUUCAAACUUUCCUGAUGAUGUUAAAGAAAGAGCAAAAUUCCUUCUUGCUGGAUGCAGUGGAGGAAGUACAGGCUCCUAUUCAGAAGCCUCGGGCGUUGAAAUCGUUCGCCGUCGAGUAGCUGCGUUCAUUGAAGAAAGAGAUGGAUUCUCGUCUAAUUGGCAAGAUAUAAUAUUAUGCGCAGGUGCAUCAACUGGAAUAAAAGCAGUAUUAAAACUUCUGGAUUGUGAAACCAGUGGGCUGAAAACAGGUGUUAUGGUACCUAUACCUCACUAUCCUCUGUUUCCUGCAGUUAUUGCAGAUUUCAAUAAUAUGCAACAAAUGAAUUACUACUUAGAUGAAUCUAAUGGGUGGGCCAUAUCAAUAAAAGAACUGAAGCGAGCAUUGAAUGAUACCAAAGGAACAUGUAAACCUCGUGCUCUUGUUGUUAUUAAUCCAGGAAAUCCUACAGGCCAAGUUCUCACCAAGAACACUAUUCGAGAGAUAAUUAAUUUUGCAUACGAAGAGGGUUUGUUUCUUAUUGCUGACGAGGUUCAUCAACAGAAUAUAUAUGACAACAAUAGUGAAUUCCAUUCUUUUAAGAAGGUGUUAAUGGAAAUGGGUCUACCAUAUUCUAAAAUGGAAUUGGCUAGUUUUAUGUCUUCUUCAAAAGGGUAUAUGGGAGAAUGUGGAAUGCGUGGUGGCUAUGCUGAAGUCAUUAACCUUCAAUCUGGUGUAAAAGCUAUGUAUUUGAAGAGUAUUUCAGCAAAUCUUUGCUCUACUGUUCUUGGACAGAUAGCAAUGGAUUGUGUUGUGAAACCACCUGAGCCAGGAGGGCCAUCGUACAAGUUGUUUGUCCGAGAAAAGAAUUCAAUUCUGAAAAUGCUUACUGAAAAUGCUAAAAUUGCAGUAAACACAUUCAACUCUAUUGAAGGCAUGUCUUGUAAUGUGGUCCAAGGAGCAGUGUAUGCUUUCCCUCAGAUUUAUUUACCGUCUAACGCAAUAGAAAUUGCAAAACAGAAACAGAUGCACCCAGAUGAAUACUAUGCCUCCCAGUUGCUAGAAAAUACAGGAAUUAGCAUUGUCCCUGGUUCUGGGUUUGGUCAAAAGGAUGGUACAUAUCAUUUCAGGCAAGACAACACUUCUUCUCCCAUCUGCAAAACUGAAGGCAAUGCUACAAAUCUUACAAAAAUUUCAUGAAGAUUUUUUAAAG